CACGUGUUUGUUGUGUUGGUGUGAAGUUUAAACUUACGUUGGAUGUAAAUGUUCUCAACUUUCGAAUUAAGCUGUUUUUCCAGUAGAUUUUGAUUCGUAUUAGUUGAAAACAAAUUACACAACAAAAAAUGUUACGGCAGUGUCUCCGAUUGAAGAACAUUCAGUUUUUACUAAGAAGUACUGCUAAUAGAAAUGGAGCAGAUUUUGUUGAACACAGGAUUCUAGUUUCUAAUGUAAGAAGAAAUCAUUCUGUCGUUCCUAUAAACAAAUCAGGGAGUGAUGCCUUAGAUGACAGCACAGAAUUAAUCCCAUUUCAAGAAAAGAAUAAUCCAUUAUUGGAAGAUCCUAAUUUUGAUGGAGUUGUACCUAUUGUGGCCCCCAGUUUCAACUUAGCGUCUUUAGUAAACAAGUCAGAACUUCUUCAGACGUUUGUUAAACUUGGCGUAUCUAUUCAUGAUUGGGAAAAAAAGGGAAACAUACACUCUUGGAUAGUGAAGCUCGAUUUCAAGAAAGAUGUGCAACCCAUCAUCCAAUUUCUGGUAGAUCAAGGUGUUUCACCAGAAUCUCUAGGAACUAUUUUCACUAAAAGUCCAAUGCUUUUAAAGACAAGUAUUGAAGAGCUUGAAAUUAGAACUAAAUAUUUACAAUCAAAAAAGUUUACUUCAGAAAUGAUUGUUAGAAUCUUUUCCAGAAAUCCAUUCUGGCUACUGUUCAGCACUCAACGAAUAGAUACUAGACUUGGAUUUGUACAACAGACAUUCGAUUUAACCGGUAAUGAACUGAGAGCUUUGGCGUCAAGAGAGCCUCGGCUUAUCACAAGUAACAUUCAACAAAUUAAGUUGAUGAAUUUUGGGUUCAAAGAAGAAAUGGGAUUUGAGCAUCAGCAAAUUAAACAAAUGCUUCUGACAAAGCCAAAAUUGUGGUUGAUGAACAAACCAAUGCUGUUGGACAGGUUUGACUAUCUUCACAAUGUAGUUAAGAUGGAUCACGAAACCAUGCUACAAUUCCCUGGAGUACUGACCAGUCGAAGUUUCCGGGUCAAACAGCGCCACGGAUUUUUGUGUUAUUUGAACCGUGCUCAAUACGAUCCUAAAUUGCCCAACUAUGUUAGUCCAUUAAAAUUAAUAAGUGAUUCGGAUUCGAACUUUGCUGUUCACGUUGCUAAAGCAUCCGUUCAAGAAUUCAAUGAUUUCUGUAAAACUGUGUGAUGUUAUCGUUUUAAUAAUAAUAAUAGCGACCUAAAAAUG